CCACCACGCCAAAACUGCCAACGCCACAGAGACGUCCCAGUCUUAGUGCGGUGCGGAGAUGGCUGCGGGCAGUCUCCUGCCGUUGUUCCACCAGAGACCCGCUGAACCGAUGGUGGAGCGCCCCACUGAACCAGACGACGUCUUGGCUGAGCUACUGGGAGGGGCUGGGGUCAGACCUCGCUCCUUUGAACGGAGACUGAACUGUAGCCAUGUCUUUGUUUCUGCAGGACGAUUUACUAGCUUCUCUACUUGAGCCAGGGUCUACCUACUUCAAUGAGAUAUCCAGCCCACCGCUUCCCACUACCUUCGCUUCUUCUCACACUGAUCUUUCCUAUGACACUUCUUUCACCCACGAUGCCUUUAUCAGUGCAGAUGAAAACAGAACUAACACUCCACAGAGCUACUCUUCUGGCAGUCCUGUAGAUAUUGUGGAAAAUUCCCCUGGCAGUACUAGUCCUGGUGAUGCAAUGAUGAUGUCAUCCAAUGUGAUGCCUAAUGAUGAACUGGGUAUCCUGCUGGGGAGCAUUACUAGUGUCAGCUCAGGAGAUAGUUCUGCAGAUGUUCGGAUCAAUGUUGACAUGGGACUAACUGGUAGAGGAGUGGAGGUAGCUGGGCAGUCUUCCUCUGGAAGAAAGGCUCACACCCUUGUCCUGACAGAGGAGGAGAAGAGACUGCUGAGUGCAGAAGGAGUAGAUCUACCAACAGACAUGCCUCUCACAAAGACUGAGCAGAAACAUUUGAAGGGAGUUCGUCGUAAGAUAAAGAACAAGUUGUCGGCCCAGGAGAGUCGGAGGAAGAAGAAGGAGUAUGUGGAGGGGCUGGAGGAAAGGGUGGACACCUGCACCCACACCAACACCCAGCUGAGACAGAGGGUCAAGACUCUGGAGGGUCAGAACAAGACUCUGCUCCAGCAGCUGCAGAGACUCCAGGCUGUGGUGGCGGGGCUCUGCCCCAGCAAACUGCAGGCCGGCUCUCUGCUCAUGGUUCUCAGUCUCUCCUUCACUCUUCUCAUCUGGCCCCGCCCAACAACCACACCCACUUCCUCGUAUUCUGUCAGUGUACAUUCUCGCAGUCUCCUGUUCAUGGAAACUGAUGAUUUUGGAAACCUGAUAGACCCAGAGUCAGGAGCCGUAGUCUCAGAGCAGGGAGGCCUCUCCCCGAAACCCCCUUAUCCCUGGACACACCAGACCCCUGCCUUCCUUCACCCCAACACCCACACCGAACGCUACACAUUUCGUGAAUUGUGACAAUGUGUAUUACUCUCUACAAAAUAAAUCUCAUUGUCUCUAAAACUGUUGUUCUACUGGACUGGAGGUAGUUGUAUGACAGGUCCAGAAUAGGGCUCUCUCUCCACUGCCUCAGGCACCCAGACCUUGUCUCUCUGGAGGAUGCGCGAGUACACCACCUCAGAGUAGGGUUUGCGGGGAAUGUAGCGUCCACUGCCUCGAACUACCUCCACCUAUAUAUACUCAUAGGGAAAAGAAUAAUAGUGAGGGUAAGAGGA